AUGACCACCCACAAGGAUUCUCCGGCUAUUGGGGUCAAUGAGGAUCCGAUGCCGCUGGGCUCAGAUACCCCUGAGGUGGCUAUCGAGAACCAGGACCAACAGGACGGUGUUCGAGUCGCUGAAGCAGUGACUGCUUCCUGGUCCAAGAAAUCCCUCAUCAUAACUUAUGCCUCCAUGUGGAUGCUAUACUUUGUCAACGGCCUAAACAACAAUCUAACCUCCAACCUCUCGGCGUAUAUUACAAGUGGUUUCUCGGAACACUCGCUGCUGACGGUCAUCAGCGUUGUGACGAGUGUGAUGGGCGCUGCAUGUGUGAUGCCGAUUGCAAAAGUCCUGAAUCUGUGGGAUCGUACUCUUGGAAUCUCCAUCAUGGUCUUGAUUGCCAUCAUGGGUCUUAUUAUGAUGGCGGGUUGUCACAAUAUCACAACUUAUUGUGCUGCGCAGGCAUUCUAUACGGUCGGCUUCACCGGUAUGAUUUUCAGCGUUGAUGUGAUCACAUCGGACACUUCGUCACUUCGCAACCGUGGUAUCGCAUAUGCCUUCACCUCGUCGCCUUAUAUUAUUACUGCUUUUGCCGGAUCACCCCUAUCCAAUCAAUUCCAUGAGACCAACUGGCGAUGGGCAUACGGAACCAUUUGCAUCAUUCUUCCGAUUGUUGCUUCUCCCUUGAUCAUCACAUGGGAGUUGGCCAAGCGAAAGGCAGACAAGGAGGGUCGAUUGCAGUAUAAGCCGCGUAGCACUCGGACAUGGUGGCAGAGUGUGUGGUUCUAUAUCAUUGAAUUUGACAUCAUCGGGAUUUUCUUCAUGAUCGGUGGGUUGAUCCUCUUCCUCACCUCUUUCAACAUUGCCGGAAAUACCAAAGGAGAGUGGAAAUCGGCCAAGAUAAUUGCCAUGAUGGUAGUCGGAUUUUGUGUCCUUGUUGCCUUCGUUGCCUAUGAACGCUGGGGAGCGCCGAAACCAUUUAUUCGUUUCUCGCUACUCUCGAAUCGGACUGUGAUCGGUGCUUGUCUGCUGGAUAUCACAUAUCAAGUUUCCUACUACUGCUGGGCCAGCUACUUUACCUCUUUCCUACAGGUGGUCUUCAACACAAGCCUCACCCAGGCCGGUUACAUUAGUGCGAUAUUCGACUUGAUGGACCCCAUCUGGCUUCUUGGCUGUGGCUACCUUAUCCGAGUUACUGGCCGGUUCAAGUGGCUGCUCAUGUUUGCCGUUCCACUCUACCUGCUGGCCAGUGGCUUGAUGAUCUAUUUCCGCGCCCCCGGUCACAGUGUCGGGUACAUGUGCAUGUGCCAGAUCUUCCUAGCUGUCGGUGGCGGCACCAUGAUCUUGAUUGAACAGGUGGCUGUCCUGGCAGCUGCCAAGCAUGAAGACUAUGCCUCCAUGUUGGCGCUGCUCAGUGUAUUUGGUAAUGUGGGCGGUGCUGUGGGCAGUAGCGUGUCUGGCGCCAUCUGGACCAACACGCUUCCGAAGAAGCUGCGCGAGCUGUUGCCAGCGGAAACAAAGGAUCAGUGGGCGGAUAUUUACGAGUCGCUGGAUGUUCAGCUUAGUUAUCCCGUGGGCUCGCCUACUCGCACCGCCAUUCAAAACGCGUAUGCGUUCAGCCAACGGAACAUGAUGAUUGCCGGGACCGCUGUGAUGGGCUUGUCCAUUGGCUGGGUUCUGAUGAUGAGAAACAUCAAGGUGAAAGACAACAAGAAUGUAACACAAGUUCUAUUUUAGGCUUGAAUGCCAGAAAUUGACCCGCGUCGCCGUAUUCCCCGAGUUCAUGGUCACACGCUCACAUUCGCCGGCCUGUGAGAAAAGAUUAUUCUAGAACAACAAUGGAAGAAUGAGCAGUAGAUCUACUACUAGGUGGGGCGAAACUUGUGUGCGUGGAACCAGGGUCCCCGUAUGCUCGUCGUGGUUGCAUCUCUGCGUCUCCUGUCCUAGUCACCCUGUGUGCUUGUGAUCGUUUUCACUUACAACUUAAAGGGUUCCAAGCCUUAAAAAAGGGGGGGAGUACGACGCGAGAGAAAUAGGGCCCCUUGGCAAAGGGGCACUGAGUACUAUCCAAGCUAAUCUAGAGGUUGGAUUGCUGGACGGCAGGUUCUUGGCCGAUGCAAGGAUACAGUUUAGGGAUAAUUUAAGAGUUGCUCACUAUUUUCGUGUGCAUGCAAAGUAAUGCACCUGUCGAUAUGUAGCUCAUGGAAUAUCAUUUGAAAAU